AUGGCGAACGUGGCGAUGAAUAAAAGUAGCAGCUCGGGCAGUGCUCCGCGAGUCCUCAAGGCAGACGACCCGCUGACUCCCGGCGAGAAAGCGGUGAUCGUCUGGUACCUGCUGGACGCGAUCACGCACUUGGGGCUCGAGCUGCCGUGGCUCAUCCUUACCCUCACCGUGACAGUUGAGCGCUCAAAUCACUUCAUGGCUCUACCGUGGAAAGAGUACGCAAAGGCGGAUCCGCGUUGGGGUCGUCUUCACGACUGCACCGCGGCACUUGAGGUGCCGACGGCGCUUCUCUGGGGUCCGUUAGCGCUCGUUCUCGCCUAUGGGACAUACCGACGACGGCCUUGGCGACAUUUUUGGCAAGUGAUUUGUGCAACAGGUGAAAUUUACGGCAACUGGAUGACGUUCGGUCCGGAGUGGCUCACCGGCAGUCGCGAGCUGAACCCGGCGAAUAGCUGGGUCCACAAGUGGGUCUACCUCUUUUUUGCCAACGUUUUGUGGAUUGUGAUCCCGCUCAUCUUGCUUAUCGAGUCGUUCGGAGUGCUGCUGGAUGCAUGUGAUCGAAGCAAGAGCCACCGGCGAACGGACAUGGUACCGGGCAGGACCGAGAUGCUCGUGAUUUGGUCAAUGCUGGCACUGUACGCCGUCGUUGUUAUCGGCUUCGGUUUCGUCAAGCAUCUGGUAUAG